UUCAUUUCUAUUUUUUUUGUGUGAGGCUGACAAACAUCCGUAUCUUUUGGAUCUGGUCAUUUUUUUUUGCAGUUUUGGUGAAAACUUUUCCACUAAGGUGUGCAGCUAAAGCUUGAAAUUGAAAUUCUGAAAGACAAAAUUAAAUAGUUUAAGAGUUAGCGGUGUUUUACAAAUCAGAAGUUUUGUAAAAUGAUUGGAAACACAAUGGUUAAUAUAAUAGAGUUUAUUGAAAAGAAUGAGAACCGGUUUUGCAUUGCAGUUAGUAUGCUGUUGCUGCUGUUUGAAAUAGCCACCUCUACUGAGCAUAUUGCGUACUACCUCCCAACUGUUUACACAGUAAUUUGUAUUAUAGGAAUCCAAAGAUUAUUUGGCCAUAUCUUUGAUAAUUGGAUUAAGAAGAAAUGGAGACCUUAUCCUCAUGCAUCAUUAUUCGUUAAAGUAGUAAUAAAUGGUCUUAAAUUAGUGCUUCUUCAUUAUCUAUCUAAAGGAGCUCUUACAGUUUUCUGUCUACAUUUUACAAUUGAGAAUAUAAUUCGAAAUAAGAAGGGAUUUCUUUGGACAGGUGCAAAACGAACAAUACAGAAGUAUCCAACCUCUAUGGGUUAUGUUAUACUCUUCAUUAUUGUGUUUGGCAAUCUAUUGUGCUUUGAUAAAUGUAAAAAAAUCUUACGAUCUGUACUCAUGAGACGAAACCAGGAUCGCAGUCCUUUGUAUGAAGCUGCUAUGCAAGAACUGGAGCUUCAAGAUUCUGAUGAGGAUAUGCCUAAUAUAGGUCAAAGAGGUCGUAGGAGAGGCCGUUAAUAA